AUGUCUACUAGUAACAACCAAGCUGGAGGCGAAAAGCCUCGCAAGUCAUUGGUGCUAAAUGCUUUCGUUGAGAUGUGUAGCGGACACCAGUCUCCAGGAUUAUGGCGACAUCCAGAAGAUGAGUCUCAUAAAUUCAAUGACAUCGAGCAUUGGGUGGAACUCGCCAAAUUGCUGGAGGAGGCCAAAUUCCACGGCAUUUUUAUUGCAGAUGUCCUCGGCGGAUACGAUGUGUACAAGGGUCCAAGAAAUUUGAAUCCUGCCGUUAUCUCUGGCGCGCAAUGGCCAGUAAACGAGCCAUUAGCAGUUGUACCAGCCAUGGCGGCAGCGACCAAGAACCUCGGAUUCGGUGUGACCGUCGCAACAACAUAUGAACAGCCUUAUCAUCUGGCACGACGUUUGUCAACCGUUGAUCAUCUCUCGAAAGGCCGCUUGGGGUGGAAUGUUGUGACAGGGUAUUUGGAUUCUGCAGCCCGAAACCUGGGACAAGCUGAACAGCCACACCAUGACGACCGCUACGCCUUAGCAGAAGAAUAUAUCAAGGUGACUUACAAGCUUUGGGAAUCAUCUUGGCGCCAGGAUGCCGUGGUCUUGGAUCGCGAACGCGGAGUCUACACCGAACCAUCCCGAGUUCGCCAGAUCAAUCACAACGGCAAAUAUUUCAAUGUACCAGGGCCUCAUCUAACCCAACCAAGUCCCCAACGCACACCCGUCAUCCUACAAGCAGGCACAUCGAAAGCCGGCAAGCAAUUUUCCGCUCAACACGCCGAGGCAAUCUUCGUUGCAGGCCACAGCCCAUCCGUGAUCGCCAAAAAUGUCGCGGAGAUUCGACAGAUCGCGAAGGAGGAGUUCGGUCGCGAUCCCCAGAGUAUCAAAUUCUUGGCUUUAUUCUGUCCAGUGCUUGGACGGACUGAAGAGGAGGCCAACGAGAAGUUCAGCCACUACCGUAGCUUGGGCUCUAUUGAUGGAGCCUUGGCAUUGUUUGGUGGAUGGACUGGUAUUGAUCUGGAUCAGUAUGGUGAUGAUGAGGAACUGCGCCAUGUUGAAAGCAACGCUAUCAGAUCUGCCGUGGAAGGAUGGUCAAAGGCAAGCCCCGGAGUUGCGAAGUGGACCAAGAAGACCGUCGGUCAGCAUAUCACUGUAGGUGGCCUCGGUGCUACUGCUGUUGGUACCCCGGUUCAGAUUGCCGAUGAGAUGGAACGAUGGGUUGCUGAAGCUGAUGUUGAUGGAUUUAACUUGGCGUAUGCUAUUAAACCUGGUUCAUUCAAGGACAUCAUUGAGCUUUUGAUUCCUGAACUGCGCCGUCGCGGGCUAUUCUGGGAUGAUUAUGCAGUACAAAAGGGAACAUACCGUGAGAACUUGUAUUCAAAGCCGGGACAAUCUGGUCCACCGUCAGACCACCCUGCGGCCAAGUACAGAUGGCAAGCUGGGGUUGAUGCCGAGGCACAUCCAGUACCAGACAACUAG